AUGUAAAGAAAUAAAAUAACAAAAGGAUUGCAUCUAAGACUUUCAGUCAAAUUAGAAGUAGACCUUAAUCAGGCAUCAUCUAUGAUACUAAAAAACUUGAGAAGGUGUCUCCAAAUGGUUUAAAGGUAGUUAUACUUGGAGCAGGUGAAUAGAAUGAUUUAGAUAAAUUUGUAUUGAAACCAUCCUCUAAUAAAUUUAGAACACUUUCUACAAGAAAAACAAAUGUUAUUAAUGAUAGUUCAGUAACAUAAAGCAAAUCUAAUCAUACAGAAAUUGUAAAGUACUAUAUUCAAACUAAUCAUUUAGAAAUUCACCUGUUGUUUAAGAUUUAAGUAAGAAAAUACCUGUCAACAUGGUCAAGGAUAAAGUAAAGAUCUUUAUUUAUUAAACUAGGAUGAUUUAUAUGCAGAAACUGUUUAUUUAAAAGAUAUUAUUAACAAGUUAACUUAAGAAAACUAUGAUCUUAAAGCAAAAAUGAGAUUUUUGAAUAAAAAUACAGAACGUAUGUAAACUGUAGUUUAAAAUGUGGGUGGAUAUUUACAGCAGAAAUAUGUUGCUGAUAAAUAGGAUUUAGCUUUGAUGACUAAAUUGGGAAUUAGUGAAGUAUUAAUAUAAAAUUUAUUAAAUAUAGAAUUUAUUGACAAUUACUUUAAAGAAAUAAAUAAAAGAGUUAAGAACUAUGAUUAAAUAAUAGAAUGAAGAAAUAUAAAAUUUGAAACAUGAUAUUAAAUAUACUAAAAUUUAAGAAUUGGAGAAAGAAAUUAAUGUAUUUUAAGAAGAAACAUUAAGAUUAAAAACUUUAUUAGAAUAAUCUUAGAGAAAUGAAUAGAUAUAUUAAAUGACUCAUGAUUUUAAUUAAUUUGAAGAGAAAUUCUAUAUUUAGAUGCAAAUAAUAAAUUCUUUAAAAUAGGAAAAUUCAUUUUAUUAAGGACAAAUUGCAAUUGAAUAAGAAGAGUUGUUUAAGUUAUAAAAUUAAAUAGAGACUAAUUAAAAAGUUCUUAACAAAUAAAAAUAAGUGAUUGAUGAUCUUUAAUAAACUCUGAAAGAUAAAUUAAUUUAUAUUGAUGGACUUUAAUAGGAAUUAGAUUCAUAUAAAGAUACAAAUUAAAAUCUAAUUUAAAAAGCAAAUAAAUUAGAUAAUAAUUAAUUAAGAAUAAUAGGAUUAGUUAAAAUUGAAUAAGAAUUAAGAAAAGAAUUAUAAUAGAAAACAAGAGAUAUAGAAUAUUUAGAUAAAACAACAACUGAAUUGAAAUAAAAAUUAAAUGAAAAAUCUUCAAUUGAAGCAAAAAUUAAAGAUUAAUUAUAAGAGGAAUUAAAGAAGCUUAAAAUAGCUUAUGAGGAAUUAGAUGAAAAAUAUAAACAUUUGCUAUUAAUAAAUGCCUAAUCUAGGUUAAAAGAAACUGUUCCAUCUAUAUAGUAAAAGUUGGCUCCAACAGCAGCAACUCUUAAUUUAAAGAGUUAGAGACCAUAAAAUUAAAAUAAUACUCCAGAUAGUAUUAAUUAGGAUAAAAAUUAAUAGUAAUAAAAGUUUAAGGUUAUUAAAAAAGAUGAUGUAUAAUAUUUAGGAUUUGAAUUAAAUUAUCGAUUGAGAACUAAAAAAAUUACAUUAGCAGAUGCAAUUGAAAGAUAUCUAUUUGAUAAUAAAAAUAAGAAGACUGGAGAAAUUAAAUUAAAAGAAAUAUCAGAAAGAAUGUAGAAAGAACCUUUUUUAUUAAUUGAUGAAGAUUCAGCUUUAUUGGUAGCUAGAUAUCUUACUGAAGAUAAUUCUUAGGAAUUUGUUGUUUAUAAUGAUUAAUUAACUUAAUCUACAACUAUAGUAAGAAGUAUCUUGUAAAAAUUGAUUGGAAAUUAUGAUAUUUUAACAAGUGAAAUUGAAAUAAAAAAAACAAAGGAGAUAACACAAGUAUAUUUAAAAUUAUAAUUAUUAGGUUAUUAGUAAAUAUAAAAAUAGUUUGAAAUAAUAUUUUGAUUAAUUAACAAGUAAAUAUGAAGGAUUAUUAGAAAGAAAACAAAUUAUAGAAACAUUUGAAUAUAUGGAUAUCGAUUUAACUCCAGAAUAAUAUGAUUUCUUAUUUUUGAGAUUAUUCUCAUAUUCAAAUAAUACAUAGAUAUUCCCUUACAUUAGAAUAUUUGAAAUCUUCUAAGAAAUUUAAAUAGAAAGAAGUAAAUAUUAAAUGAUAAGGAUAUAGUUGAUAGUGAUAAAAAGAAAAAGUCAAGAAAAAAAGAUUUUAAAGAUUAAGUUGACAAUAAAAAUAGAAAGGUUGAAAUAUUUACAAGAAGAUAAUCUAUGGAAUUAGCAAAUUGA